AUGGAGAAGAGCAAGGAUAAUUCUGAUACGUUCAAUAGCAGCUCCUCAUCAGAGGAAGACACUUCUGACGACGAUCGAUCAGUAGCUGAGGAGACAGUCACCAUUCAACAGGAUGGAACCCCAGGGAACAGCAUCCAAGAGAACGACUUACACACACCUCUUCGAACUCGCCAGAACCAGGCUCCAGUCAUCAGAGAUAAUCAGAGGCUUGAACGAUUAUUUGAGCUGGAAGAUUUGCUCCGAGAGAAUUUACGACGACAGCAACCUCAAGACCAGAAUGCUGAUACGGUCGAGCUUGGACAGAGGGGCAGUGGUGUGAGAGUGACAAUGACUCAAUGGAAUGCAUCAAAAGACAUGAGAACCUUCACAGGUAUGGCCAAUCUAGUACUCGCUGUGUUCGAUCCUGAUGUUCUACUUAUCAGCAAUGUUAAAGGAGGUGCAAGCAAAAUAAGGAAACGGGAAGAAAAUCCUCCCAGACACAGUAAAUUGGAUGCUCGUAUCUUAGAGGCAGUUGCAGUGACUGUUAGGAGAGAGUUUCCAAAUUCUUUCAAUACCACAGAGAUGAAUCGAGCAAUAAAUGUCAAACUAACUAAGCUCAGGGCCUUAGACAGAGCAGCAACUGCUGCUGCUGCCGCUGCUCCUGCUGCUGCUGCUGCUGCUGGGAUUCAAGAGCAAUAA